AUGAUCCCAGAACAACUGAGGGCAAAUGACCUGGCAAAGAUGAGGGGUGCCUCGAGUUGGUUAACAACAUUGCCAUUAAAGUCAGAAAACUUCGGCCUGAACAAAAGGGAAUUCUACGAUGCGCCCAGCCUUAGGUACCGCUGGACACCGAAGUACCUUCCAUCUACAUGUCCUUGCGGCAAGAGAUUCGAUGUUGAUCAUGCAAUGUCGUGUGUGAAAGGCGGAUUUGUCCAUAGGAGGCAGGACGACGUGCGAGACCUGUUCGCAUCCCUUCUCAAAGACGUAUGUCAUGAUGUUGAGGUCGAGCUACACCUUCAGCCCUUGACAGGAGAAGUUCUAAUCAGCAGUGACAACUCCUCUGAUGAGGCUCCUUUGGAUGUCAGCGCGCGCGGUUUUUGGCAAAGGGGGCAACGUGCAGUUUUUGAUGUCAGGGUUUUUAACCCGUGUGCAAAGAGUCACCUUAAAAAGAAACUUGACACGGCCUUCUCGAGCAAUGAGAAUGAGAAAACGCGACACUACAACCGGCGAAUUAUUGAAGUCGAGCAUGGCUCUUUCAGCCCUCUCGUGUUCUCACCAUAUGGUGGAAACGGUAGAGAAGCCGAGCGAUUUCUUACCGACUCCUAG